CGCUGGUCUCUUCAUGGAUGUGUCUUCGUUGUUAGUAUUUAUGAUGCUGGAAGCCCUUGCUGUCAUUUGUGAGGUGCAGCCAGGGGGUCGCAUCCUGGGAGGAUAUCCUGCAAGUCCUUAUUCUAUCAAGUACAUGGUGGCUGUACGGACAUUAUGGGGUCAGCACCUGUGUGGGGGCUCCUUGAUUAACAAAUACUGGGUGAUCACUGCGGCGCACUGUAACAUUGGGGCAAAGAACAUGAUGAUAGUGGCAGGAGAGUAUUCUCUGACAAUAUACGAGGGGACAGAGCAGUAUGCCAGCAUCCACCUUUUGAUUCCUCACCCUAAGUUCAACCCCAGCACCAAUGACAAUGAUAUUAUGCUCGUGAAGCUGAGUGAUGCAAUCAAGAUAAACCCCUUUGUGUCCAUCGGGCUACUGCCCCGGCACGAUGCCUUCAUAGCAGAGGGCAGAUUGUGUCAGGUGUCCGGCUGGGGUUUCACCAGCCUCACUGCAAGUGAACUCCCAUCAUUGCUCCACACAGUGAAAAUUCCCAUCUUCUCCAAUGAAAAAUGCAAUAGCAGUGAAAGCUUUAACGGCAUGAUCACAGAUAACAUGGUCUGUGCUGGUUAUCAAGAUGCUGGAAAAGAUGCCUGUCUGGGGGACUCUGGUGGUCCAUUAGUAUGUGAAGGACGGAUCUACGGUUUAGUGUCUUGGGGAAAAGGUUGUGGUUAUCCCCAAUAUCCUGGAGUCUACACUGCUGUGUCCAAGUUCCGCAGAUGGAUAGACAAAAACAUAUUUAGCUACUACGGCAAGUGUAAAGAACAUUUCUGAGAAAUACUCACUGAUAUUUAACUUGAAACAAAUGUCAAUUGCAAGUACUUAAAGUUGCAGUUUCACUGUAGCAUUCUUUGUUUUAUAAUGUUAUUUUAUCAUUUAUUUUUGUCUACUAAGCCAUCACAGGUUUUUAUUCAUCUUUUAUUCAAGAUAUAUAUUGUAUAUUU